AUGAGGGCGCACUUUUCAAAAUGCACGAAAGUGAAAGAGAGAGAAGACCGUUUGACACUGACUGACUGACUAAAAGUUUGGCAUUUAACACCAACCAAGUCGAUUUUCAAACGAUUUUUUUUCACUCACUCGUUUACCGAGAUAUCAUAUUCAACUCUGAACUUCGAUCGUUCUGGUUUAAUCGUUUAUUUCUUUUUUUGGAUCAUGAUUAUUUUGUGUUUUUAAACAAACAUCAGAAGCCUUUUAAAAUUCUUCAAAUCAUCAUCAUUUAAUCCAUUUUUUAUCUUUUGUUUUUUAGAAUCUACAUUCAUUUUAUUUUGGCUUUAAACAAACAAACAAAAAAAAAUAUGGAAGCUCAAAAAAGACCAUUAGCAGCUAAUGUGGUAAAUAUUCGUUGCGGUGGUGUUGUUGGUCAAAUGGAUGGCCUAUUAAAGAAUUCAUUACCGAAAAAUGAUCCAAAAUUAUUGAAACGUGGCCGUGAUUCACCACCGAAUUUAUUGCAGAAAAAAAAGAAAAAUUUUGGUGUUGCUGGUGGUGCGGCAAUCAAAAAUGAUGAAAAUGCAUACGAUCCAACCAGAACGAUCGAAACCAAAAUCAAGAAUAUAAAAAUAUCACAGAAAAAUGAUUUACCAUUAAAACCGUUGAUGAUUAAUAAUAAUAAUAAAAAACAACAAAAUGAAGUAGCGAAAAACUUGCCAAUCAAAGCAGUUAAAAAUCGUAAUGCAAUUGGACAAAAAUCAUCAACAGCAGCGACAACAAAGCCAAAUGUUCAAAAACAACAGCAACCAUCGAAGACUGUUGCUGAUGAUGAUAAAAAACAUCGAAUCGAUCCAAAAGAUUAUUAUGAACCACCAAAAAAUCUACCAGCAGAUAUUAUCGAUUAUGAUCGUACACAAUUGGAAAAUAUAAAUUCCGAACCAAUUUAUGCAUUCGAAAUAUUUGAAUAUUUACGUGAAAAAGAACAAACAACUCGUUGUGUAAAAUAUAUGCAUCAACAAAAAGAAAUAUCAUCUAGGAUGCGUACAAUAUUAAUCGAUUGGUUGGUUGAAGUACAACAAACAUUUGAAUUAAAUCAUGAAACAUUAUAUCAUGCUAUAAAGAUUAUGGAUCAUUUUCUAAUGUUAUCACAGAUAAAACGUACACGUUUACAAUUACUUGGUAUUGUUUCAAUGUUUAUUGCUGCUAAAUGUGAUGAAAGAAUCUAUCCAAUAAUAGAAGAUUUUCUUUACAUUACCGAUAAUUCAUAUGUUCGUGAUGAUAUUAUAAAAAUGGAAAUAGAAAUACUACAAGUAUUACAAUUUAAUCUAAAUUAUCCAUUAUCAUAUAGUUUUUUACGUCGUUUUGCACGUGUUUCAUCACAAACAUUAGAAACAUUAACAUUAAGUCGUUUUAUACUAGAAACAUCAUUAAUGGAUUAUACAUUUAUUGAUGAAUUAGAUUCAAAAAUGGCUGCCGCAUCAUUAUUAUUAGCAUUACGUAUGAAACAUUUACAAUGGAAUAAAACAUUAGAUUUUUAUACUGGUUAUCGUGAACAAGAUUUAAUUGAAUUAGCCAAACGUUUAAAUCAAUUGAUAAAACCUGUAAACAAUAGACAACAGGAAUCGAUUCGAAAUAAAUAUUCCGAUAGUGUAUUUUUUGGUGUAGCCAACAUUCGACCAUUGGAUGAUAUUUAACAAUUUGCUUUCGUUUUUGACCUGUCGAUUCAUUUACCUUAUCAUCAUCAUCAUCAUCGACUACACAAACAUCAACAAUCAGCCGGCAGACCAUUAAUAUAAAAUAAUUUAUUUGAUAAGAAACAACAGACAGAUUUUUCAUCAUUCCUUGUUUUCUAUUCAUCAUCGUUUUCUAAUUACUUUUUAACUUUAUUGCAAACCCAAAUCUUAAAUUUUUUGUUUUUUGUAAAACUUCUCAUCAACUUUUAACGCAAGCAAACACACAUAACAGCAAACCCUUUAAUCGACUUAUAAAAAACAUAAUAAUAAUAUUUUUGUAUUUUUUA